UUGCGAAGAAUAGUCGCGUGUUAACGUCCAACAUUAAAGCCUAAACUAGUGAAAGUAUCGAUCAACUGUUUAUAUCAGCAUAACUGGAGUAAAUAGAUAGAAGUCAUGUCGCUCCGGGAAAGUUCGCCAGCGAACAGUUCAGUAACUGGAGUUUUAUUUGAAAGUGACGCCGAUACAGCCGAUGGUGCCUUGUCCGCCGAUAUAUCACAAUUGAAAAAAGCGGAAAAACGCGAAUUUAAAUUAGUCUGGCGCAAUAUAAUACUACUCUCUCUUGUGCAUUUGGUCGGUUUGUACGGUGUCUAUCUAUUUUUCUUUCACGCCAAAUGGCCCACGCGAUUGUUCACGAUUAUCUUGUAUUGGAUGGGAACUGUAGCGGCUACUGCAGGCGCUCAUAGAUUAUGGAGUCAUCGCUCAUAUAAAGCAAAAUGGCCGUUACGCGCGCUUUUAGUUUUUUUUAACUUAACCACCUUUCAUUUUAGUUGUUUUCAUUGGGCUCGUGAUCAUCGCGUACAUCACAAAUAUGCUGAUACCGAUGACGAUCCGCAUAAUUCCUCGCGUGGCUUUUUCUUUGCACACGUGGGUUGGCUUUUAAUUGAGAAGCCUUCGAAUGUUGUCGCCAAAGGUAAAAGUCUCGAUUUGUCCGAUCUAUACGCGGAUCGUAUACUUAUGUUUGAACACAAGUACUAUUUUAAAUUGGUGACAUUACUUGGUUUCGUAUUGCCUACGAUUAUACCCAUGUAUAUGUGGAAUGAGAGUUUCAUUAACACUUUCUGUGUAGCCGUUGUGCUGCGAUUGGCUAUUGUCUUAAAUGCUCAGUGGUCGAUAAAUAGUGUCGCCCAUAUGUUUGGUACACGACCCUAUGAUAAGAACAUUAAUCCUACCCAAACUGUUGGAGUAUCAAUUGUAUGUCUCGGCGAGGGUUGGCACAAUUAUCAUCAUGCCUUUCCAUGGGACUAUAGGGCUGCCGAAUGGGGCGGUUCUUCCUUAAAUUUAGCUGCCGCGUUUAUCGAAUUUUUCGCUAAGAUAGGAUGGGCGUAUGACCUUAAAACUGUAUCUCCAGAAAUGAUUGAAAGACGAGUAAAACGUACGGGUGACGGUACGCACGCGAUUUGGGGUUGGGGUGAUAAGGAUCUAAGUCGAGAAUCUAAACAAAACGCCAUAGUUUUGAAUAAGAGAGAGAACAGUAGUUAAUAAUAACAAAAAAAAAAAAAAGUUAAAAACAAGUAAGAAAAUUACAUUUGGUUGUGGCCGAAUCUAUUAAUCCCAAAAACCUUUUUCUUAAAAACAAAAAGGAAAAAUAAAAUUUUGAUAUUGCAUAGCAUUGUGUGUGCGUGGUCAGUUUUUUCCAUUUUUGUAUAAUUUUUGGUAUCUUUAGGAUAACGUAUAGAUGCGUGGGCAUGCGUAGACAUUUUUUUCCUUAUACUUGUUGUAGUGUGUCUCGUCUUUACUUUUCGAAGCAGCGAUGUUCUCAGUUUACGUAGUACUGUAGGUGUGUCCUAUGACA